AUGUCCCCACCCAAGAUCCGGCGGUCGCCCGCCAAGGCCAGGCCGCCGCAGAGACGCAAGACGACGCGCUGCAUCCUCCCGACCCUCCCUCCCGACCUCCUCCAGCGCAUCUUUCGCCACGACCGCGCCAUCACGCUCGACAACGCCGCCCUCAGCAAGGCGCUCCUGCCGCACACCCUGAGCGCACUCGCCUACUCGGUCCAGCUGUGGUCCCUCACGACCUUGACCUCGUUCUGCUGCGCCCUCGAGCGCCGCCCGUUCCUCGUCGACGGCGUCGAGCACGUCGAGCUCGCCGUCGCAAGGCCAGAGGACGUCGACGCCGACGUCGAGUGGUGGACUCCCGCGUCGAGCAGUGCAGGAGCAGGCCAACUCGCCAAGAGCCGCAAGGAGCUCGCAUCUCGCAAGAAACGCCCACAAGUACCAGAGCAGCUCGUCGUCGGACCAGGGCUCCUGCGCGACCUGUUUCGCCUGCUGCCUCGUAUGCGCACCCUGCGCGCCGUCGGCCUCGAGGUGUACCGCAUCCUCCUCGCGCCCGACUACCUCGAGGAGAAGCCCUUCCCGCGCCUCGCCGGCAUCGUACUCGGCGUCGACCCCGACUACCUCGGCGAGGACCUGCGCGAGCCGGACGACAACGCCCUGUUCGCCAACCUGUCGCUCAUCUCGACCUUGCGCAGCGUCAUCCUCGAGACGAGCGCGCACGACCUUCCCGUCACUCGGCUCAACCUCGGCACGGCCACGUACCUCGCGCCUCGCAGCCUGUACCUGCCGACGCUGCAGGUCCUCGACUUUGGGCGCAUCGGGCCCGAGGCGAGCACGCUCUUCUCCGCGCUGCGCCCGGGCCUCACGAGCCUCGUCAUCAGCUGCCAGUCGUUCUACAAGGGCUUCGACACCGACCUGAUCCGCCUGCCGCCGACGGUCGUCACCCUGUCGCUCACGGUCGGCCUGCCGUGCCCGUUCUUCUUCGCGCCGGCCGUCGCGCCCAAGGUCGACAGCCCGGUCCUCGCUCUCGCCCUGCCCAACCUGCGCCACCUGCACCUCAGCGGGCCUCUCGUCUCGCCUUCGACCUUCCCCAACGUCAUCGAGCGCCUCGCCGACCUGCGCACCCUCACGCUCGGCACCCACACCGACCUCGACGGCGCACAGCUCGUCGCCUUCCUGCGGCGGCGCCGCCGCACGGCCCUCUCGCCUCGGCCCUCGCCCUCGCCCGCCCCCUCCCUCGCGGCCCUCCACAUCCACCUGUGCGGCUGCGACCCGUCGACCGACACGCUCGCGCUCGAACCGGGCCUCGUGCGCCGCUCGGCCGCGCUGCGGUACCACAGCGACCAGUUCAAGCUCGCGCGCAAGCCCAACUGGCCGCCCGGGUUGAGCGAGGACGACAUGCGCGAGGUGGCGCGCGUUGGGCAGGAGAAAGGGGUCGUGAUUGGCGGGUCAGCCGAGAUCAGUGCUCUCGAACGUCGCCUGUACCGCCCUGUCGAGCCAAGGCGCACCCUGCCAACGAUGCCGUCGCCGUCCAAGUCUCGCCGCCGCCCGGGCAAAGUUCCGCCUCGCCCGCCGCCCCGACACAAGACGACGCGCUGCAUCUUGCCGGCUCUCCCGCCCGACCUCCUUCAGCGCAUCUGUCGCCACGACCGCGCCAUCACGCUCGACAACGCCGCCCUCAGCAAGGCGCUCCUGCCACAUACCCUCGUCGCACUCGCCAGAUACCCGCUCCUGAACGGUCCCGACCGGCUCGCCUCGUUGUGCGUCGCCUUGCGCCGGCGCCCGUUGCUCGUCGACGCUGUCGAGGAGCUCGACCUGUCGUUCGAGACUGUGUACGACGCCGGCCACACUUUCGUGUACGAGGGGCCGCAGUGGACGCCUGGAGCGAUCCAGGGGCAGCUCGGGCGAGACAGGAAGGAGCUCGAGGCGCGCAAAGGUCAACAUGUCGACGUCGAGAACUUCAAGUUGAGUCCGAGCCUGCUGCAGGACCUGUGCGGACUGCUGCCCAACUUGCGGCGGCUGCGGGUGUACGGCGUGCAGACGUACGGGCACCUCGUCGAGCCGCAGUACCUCGCGCAGAGGCCCUUUCACCGCCUGCACACACUCGAGCUCCUGUCGCGCGGUCUAUACGCCGGUCCCGAGGUCUACGAGCCGCAGCAUCAAGCCCUGUUUCGCAACAUUGCCCUCAUCCCGACUUUGCGCCACCUCAUCCUUGAUUCGUCCGACGUCGAGGAGCUCCCGAGGAACAACCUCGGCGUCGACCCGUCGACCUUUGUGCCGCCUCGAAGCAUCUACCUCAAGAGCCUCGUGCUCAGCAACUUAUCGCUCAUCGGCAUCGAGGUGCGCGCCGUCUUUUCGGCGCUCCAGCCCGGGUUGACGUCCGUCCAUAUCUCAUCGCGCGCCAUGUACGACGGCCUCGUCGACGACCUCGUCCGCUUGCCGCCGACCGUUCUUCGCCUGUUGAUCACCCUCGGCGACGAGUGCCCGCGGUUCGUCUACCCGGACUCGGGCCCCAAGUUCGACUCGCCCCUCCUCCCGCUCGCCUUUCCCAAUCUCCAGCACCUCGGCCUCGACGGCCCCCUCGUCUCUUCCUCGACCUUCCCCGACGUCAUCCUCCGCCUAUCCGACCUGCACUGCCUCACGCUCGGCGCGCACGCCGACGUCGACGGCGCCGGGCUCGUCUCGCUCCUGCGCGGCGGCCCGCCCUCGUGGCCCAAGAUCCGCCACCUCACCCUCGACAUCUGCCAGUGCGCCUCGCUCUCGUCGUGGCCCGCAACUGGGCUCUUCUCCCCGCCCCUCGUCCCGGCGCGCGUGCCGCGCUUCGUCUUCGACCCCGACGCCCUCCCGCACUCGCACCACGAGCCGCACGACCCGCCUUGCACCGACUGCGGUCGAGGGCUCGGUGUCGUCUCGUGGCCGGCGCGGCUGCGCCUGGCCGACAUGCGCGCCAUCGCCAUGAUCGCCGUCAACAAGGACAUUGACGUGCGCGGUUCGGCGGUCUGUGCGGCGCGCAUGUGCGGCGGCGACGGCGCCGAGGGACACAGGUGCCCGACUGCGUGGGCGAGGGCGGGCUGAGCAGGAGGAGCGGAGCGGGGCGAGCGAGCGGGACGAGGGUCCGAGGGAGGAGCGGGCGAGCGCGAGUUGAGAAGGUCGAGAGGGGUCGUCGGGUCGGUCGCGGUAGAGGUGGGAGCGGACCCCACCUGCAACGUCGACGUGUCGAAU